UUAAAGCGACAGUACCACAUUUUUUCAUAUUUGUCCUUGUUUUUUUUUUUUUUUUUUUUACGAGUACAGUUCCUAGAUUGCAACUCUAGUACAGUAACAUAGAAUAAUAUCUGCAGGUCAUGUCAGGUCUACGGAAUCAGGGCUCAAAGCCAUACGACGGUGUUGUGACCGACAGAGGUAUUGGAAAUGGUGGAGAUCCUGCUUGGGCAGUGCACCACCAUGCUAAAGGUAACUGGCCUCAUUGCAACAACUCGGAAACUAUGAACUGGCCUGCCCAUGGAGUAACACAGGAGCCAGUACCAUACCCAGGAUAUCCUUCCAGUUACUGGUACCCACAAGCACCACCAGCCGGUCCUUAUUCGGGCACCUAUUCACCAGGAUCUGACGCAAACGGGCAACCGCCAUAUAAUCAACAGGGAGUGGCAGGUUACCCUAAUGGGGCCUACAACCCCACACAGUAUCCUGGGUCUCUCCACCCUACAAACCCUUUCUACUGCCAGGCCCAGCAGCCAACCCAGCCACCCUACCCUUCUCAGGUUCGCUGUGAGACUGGGCCCCACCCUGUGGCUCCUGGAGUGGGAGGACAGCUAGAGCGCAACCCGUCAUAUCCUGUCCCGGAAAGCCAAACGUCUCUAGGCUACCCUUUCCACCAGUAUGGCAAAAGGGGGGCCGAUGUCUCCCAAAACCCUUCCUACCUGUCUCAGCCUUCGUCGUGCUCUGGGCCCCAGCUUGAGACCUGUCCCCAAGCACCUGGUUAUGGGCUUCCACAGCAACAGUGGAGUGCAGGGCAGCAAAGACCAGCUGCUUCGUAUGAGAACUCCUUCAUGAGUUCACAGCACCAGGCCUGGCCUAGUGCGGGCCCCUCAGCACAAACUUGCGAUCCAAAGGACCCUCAGUAUUCAGGGUACCCCCACCCAGGCCAGUAUCCAUCCCAAAUUGGCCCUCAAACAAGACCACCAAACCCUGGUUCCGGACAGCGGGGUGAAUACAGCUCCCCUCCCCAGCUCUACACCCAGGAAGGGAGGAAACCAGAACCCUACCCAGCCCAGAAAUCCAUGGAGGAAGAGCCACCCCCUCAGCAAGGACCCCAGGUGAGCAAUAACCCUGACCUGCCUCGCAUACAGCAGGUCACGGAGCGCGUCCGGCUGCUGGAGGAGGAUGUGAACGAGUUUGUAGGCCACAAAACAGACAGGAGCUACCGCUGCCUGGAGGAGCUGCUGACCAAGGAGCUGCUAGAGCUGGACUCGAUCGAAACCAGGGGCCAGGAGUCGAUGAGGCAGGCCAGGAAGGAGGCCGUACAAAAGGUCCAAGGAAUCCUGGACAGGCUGGAGAGGAAGGCCUUCUGAGGUAGAUGGGCCCACCAGACUCACUGCUGUCGUGACAGUUGUUCAAGUAAUUCCACUGUUUUUACAGUCCGGUUCUUCUUUCAAUACCAGCCCACCAGACGGAGAGCUCAAAAACAGUGAUGAUUGACCUGUGUCCGAGCUGGCUGAAAGCUUUCUUGACAUGCACUGUUAUGAGAUUUGGUCGUUACAGGAUGCUUGUUAGGUUUGAAUCAGGAUCAUUUUGAUGAUAAAAUUUAAUGAGCUUUUUUUUUUUUUUCUAAAAGGAACCUAUCUGUUAAUAUUCUGAAACUAGCAAUAACCAGGUUUCUGUAAUUUCAUGUAUUCCUAUGUGCACGUAAGUUAUUUAUUUGUUUUUUAAAUGUUACCACCUUGCACGUUUAGCUUUGUAACAUACAGUUUAGUUUUCCUUUUAGACACAAAGGGGUCUAUUAAAUUGAUCUCAACGGUAUUAAAUUGAUCUUGACAUGGUUUAAAUCACUAAAAGAUGGGGACUUUGUGAAAAUCAGCUUCUGUAACUGUUUUCUUAUGGCAUUUUUGUGUAUUUGGAAUUGGUAAAAUUUUGUAUUUAAAAACUUU